CGACCUUCGGUUUUAUCGGUCUUUUUCAAUGUAACCAAAAGUCAAAAUGUAGGACUGUUUACCUGAGCUACGUAACGAUAUUUUCAAGCAAUUGUAUACUUAAACUCGAAACGGGGACGGACUGGUAUCCGAUUUGACUUUGUUAGAGAAGCUUGAGAUUGAUCUCUAACAGAAGAUGAAAUGAUUUUAUCAAAAGAGUUUAAAUAAAUGGAAAGAGAGAAGGAUAAAGAUUCGAUGCAGUGUUUUUAUUGUAAGAAGAAUGGACACAAGAAAGACAAAUGCCCUGAAAAAGGAAAACAAAUAGAACCUGCACAAGUUCAUCAAAGACUGAAAUGGGGCAUAAUGAGUAUACUAUUGCUGAUCUCUCUGCUCGGUCUGUUCGGUGCUGUGCUUGGUCUCUUUCCUACCAACAUCUCUAAGAAAGAUUUUCAGAAAAAUGUUUUCCGAGAUUACCAGGGACCAAUAAUAAAGACCCCGAACCUUUAUAAAUACAUACCCCUGACAGACAAAGGCAUUGCUAUGGGAAAUCCAGUUCGACAAAGUAUUAGGUUUAAAGUAAAAGCCAACAACGAUGCACACGUUGCUUUGAUGUCUUCAAACAAUUCAAACGAUCCUCUUUAUGAGAUAGUAUUGGGUGGUUGGGGUAACACACAGUCAGUCAUCCGUGACAGGAAACAGGGUGCUAGGCAAUUGGCAGUGUAUCGUGGACAAGUGCUCAAUUCAAAUGAAUUUAGAACAUUUACCAUUAAAUGGAGCAAUGCACGUAUCAGAGUAGAAGACGAAUCGGGAAAGAAACUCAUGGAAUGGACUGAUACAACAAACCCAUACACAAUCAGAAAUAUUGGAAUUUGUACGGGAUGGGGUUCGAUUGGAAUAUGGUCAUUUCCAUGUCAAGAUUGUCAGGUACCAAUAAUAAAAACCCCGAACCUUUAUAAAUACAUACCACUGACAGACAAUGGCAUUGCUAUGGGAAAUCCAGUUCGACAAAGUAUUAGGUUUAAAGUAAAAGCCAACAACGAUGCACACGUUGCUUUGAUGUCUUCAAAUAAUCCAAACGAUCCUCUUUAUGAGAUAGUAUUGGGUGGUUGGGGUAACACACAUUCGGUCAUCCGUGACAGGAAACAGGGUGCUAGGCAAUUGGCAGUGUAUCCUGGACAAGUGCUCAAUUCAAAUGAAUUUAGAACAUUUACCAUUAAAUGGAGCAAUGCACAUAUUAGAGUAGAAGACGAAUCGGGAAAGAAACUAAUGGAAUGGACUGAUACCACAAACCCAUACACAAUCAGAAAUAUUGGAAUUUGUACGGGAUGGGGUUCGACUGGAAUAUGGUCAUUCCCAUGUCAAGAUUGUCAGGUACCAAUAAUAAAAACCCCGAACCUUUAUAGAUACAUACCCCUGACAGACAAUGACAUUGCUAUGGGAAAUCCAGUUCGACAAAGUAUUAGGUUUAAAGUAAAAGCCAACAACGAUGCACACAUUGCUUUGAUGUCUUCAAAUAAUCCAAACGAUCCUCUUUAUGAGAUAGUAUUGGGUGGUUGGGGUAACACACAGUCGGUAAUCCGUGACAGGAAACAGGGUAGGCAAUUGGCAGUGUAUCGAGGACAAGUGCUCAAUUCAAAUGAAUUUAGAACAUUUACCAUUAAAUGGAGCAAUGCACGUAUUAGAGUAGAAGACGAAUCGGGAAAGAAACUCAUGGAAUGGACUGAUACCACAAACCCAUACACAAUCAGAAAUAUUGGAAUUUGUACGGGAUGGGGUUCGACUGGAAUAUGGUCAUUCCCAUGUCAAGAUUGUCAGGUACCAAUAAUAAAAACCCCGAACCUUUAUAAAUACAUACCCCUGACUGACAAUGACAUUGCUAUGGGAAAUCCAGUUCGACAAAGUAUUAGGUUUAAAGUAAAAGCCAACAACGAUGCACACGUUGCUUUGCUGUCUUCAAACAAUCCAAACGAUCCUCUUUAUGAGAUAGUAUUCGGUGGUUGGAGUAACACACAGUCAGUCAUCCGUGACAGGAAACAGAGUGCUUGGCAAUUGGCAGUGUAUCGUGGACAAGUGCUCAAUUCAAAUGCAUUUAGAACAUUUACCAUUAAAUGGAGCAAUGCACGUAUUAUAGUAGGAGACGAAUCGGGAAAGAAACUCAUGGAAUGGACUGAUACCACAAACCUAUACACAAUCAGAAAUAUUGGAAUUUGUACGGGAUGGGGUGACUGGUCCAACAAGAUGCACUUUUGUCCGUCUUCAACUAUGUUUUAUGAACUUGCAUUGAUAUCAAUGUGUAUUCUGCUCAUUACUUCUCAUCUCUUUAGCAUAUCACAUGAAACUUAUACAAUUUCGUCUCCGAGACAGAGGGUAAAAACAAAUUCAACAGGUAAUUCAGAUCAAAAUAUAUACACGAAAGUAUAUUCAAUUACAUGGAUUAAGCGCCCUAACGACACACCAAAAGAUUUGCUUACAUUCAAGUUUAGGAAUUGUGCGUUCAGGAAUUGCAAGAUUGGUAUAGCAUCGGAUGAAACUUCACUUGGUAAUAGCGAUGCUGUGUUAUUUUAUCAUACUAGCCUUGAUGGUAAGGUUCCAAAUAAGUCAUCCAAUCAGAAAUGGGUAUUCAUCUCUAUUGAAUCUGAAACAUAUACAAACAAAAACUUUUUGAAAAAAGAAUGGGUAAAUAAAUUUGAUUGGGUAUUCAGCUAUAGAGCAGAUGCUGAUAUAUCUUUUCCAUACGGGGAACUGGCAAGAACAGAAAUACAAACAAAGAAAAACUACUCAAGGAUAUUCCUUCAAAAGUCGAAAAAUGUUGCUUGGGUAGUUAGCCAUUGUACUGCUGUAUCAAACAGGAACGAGUACAUUCAGGAGAUGAAAAAAUAUAUAGAUGUUGACGUAUUUGGAUUGUGCGGUAAAAAGUGUGGUUCUUUACCUUUUUACUGGAACGAUGACGCCUGUCUAAAAGAUUUGAGUAAAGUAUAUAAAUUUUACUUGGCAUUUGAAAAUACUCUAUGUGAAGACUAUGUUACUGAAAAGGCAUUCCGGUUCUAUCAGGACGGUUUUGGCAUACUCCCAGUGUACCGUGGAGCUCCGAAUAUACGAAACAUUUUACCAAAAGGUACAUUUAUCUCCUCCAUAGAUUUUCCAUCUCCUAAAGAACUAGCGUUACAUUUAAAGCACGUGGGAAGUGAUGAAAGUGUGUACACUAGUUAUUUGAAAGUAAAAGAUCAGUUCUUGUCAAGCUCGUGGUCACAACAGGAGAUGUUGCAAUCUCUUCAUUGUUCUGUUUGUGAAAAACUCAACACAGGGUAUAAACGAAUCCCUAAACUGAAUUUAACACACUGGAUAUUAGAAAAGAAAUGCCUUAUCCCUACAGACAUUUAA